GGGGCGCGCACUGAGCUGCGGAGCGAGCGGUGCGGGCGGGCGCGCAUUGAGGCGCCGUCCCUCCGGCCCCAGCACCCCCCGGCGGGACCCCCGCGGCCCCAGCGCCCUCCUCCGCACCGCCGACCGCUCCCAGCGCCGUCCGCAGAAUGGGGAAACAGAAUAGCAAGCUGGCCCCUGAGGUGAUGGAAGAUCUGGUGAAGAGCACGGAGUUCAACGAACACGAGCUAAAACAGUGGUACAAAGGAUUUCUAAAGGACUGUCCAAGUGGUAGGCUGAACCUUGAGGAGUUUCAGCAGCUUUACGUAAAGUUCUUUCCAUAUGGAGACGCUUCCAAGUUUGCCCAGCACGCCUUCCGAACCUUUGAUAAAAACGGAGAUGGGACCAUCGACUUCAGAGAGUUCAUCUGUGCACUGUCCAUCACCUCCAGAGGCAGCUUUGAGCAGAAGCUAAACUGGGCCUUCAACAUGUACGACCUGGAUGGUGAUGGGAAGAUUACAAGGGUGGAAAUGCUGGAAAUCAUAGAGGCCAUCUACAAAAUGGUGGGCACUGUGAUCAUGAUGAAGAUGAACGAGGACGGCCUGACGCCCGAGCAGCGGGUAGACAAGAUCUUCAGUAAGAUGGAUAAGAACAAAGACGACCAGAUCACACUGGAUGAAUUCAAAGAAGCUGCAAAGAGCGACCCUUCCAUUGUAUUACUCCUGCAGUGUGACAUUCAAAAAUGAGCUCGUGUAUAACGCAUCAUAGACUGCACAGAAGUGUAAUGUUCCAUUCAGUUUGCAGCUAUUUCCACACACACAGAAAUUUGCUUGGACUACCUAUAAAUGGACUUGCUUCUUGUGUUUGAAACACUUGUGUGCAUGAGAAUGUCAUUUGCUAAAGAAUUUUAAAAGUAUAUAUUAUAAAGAGAAACUGCCACGACGUGAUGUGUGCAAUGUCAUUUCAUACCGACCCUAUUCCUCUGAAGCCUGUGCAGCAGUCCUGUGCUGCAGUGAAUUCUAUUAUUUAUUGUUCAUGUUUUACUGAUGCUAUAGCUCUGUGUCUCCUAGACUGAGUAAUGUUAGUGACACUGAAUCCCCACGGUAAUGUUACUUGUUUAUUAUAAACCAUGCCACCAUCCUGCUGUAAAGUAGUAUUGGACAGACAGAGGGAAGAGUUCCUCAGUUCUUGAGUCUGAUCCACACACGUGCUCGUAUCGUCAGUGGAGAUAAAUGUACUUCAUUUGCAUGCCUUUUAGGUUUGCCUUAAUUCUUACCUCAUUUGCAUCCCUUCAAUCUGGAAAGAGCUAUGUCAGAGGAAUGCAGCGUUAAACAAAGAAAUGCAAACCCUGCUAAAACGUUUCCCCUUAAAAGUAUAUAUAAAUAUAUAUAUAUAAUGUUUAAAAUAUUGUUUUAUUGGAAGUUUAAAGGUUUUAUUGGAAGUGUAUUGAUCUUUGCCUGACUUUUCAAAAGCUUCCACAGAGGUUGCAAUAUAUACGUCCCAAAUAAAUUUAUAACAUUUGACCUUUUCCCCUAAUUCUUCUUUCACGUCUUCAGCAUGGUAAUAGAAAAAGGAAAUCUAUACAUCUAUCUUUACUUAUCUGUCACUGUACUGCUGGGAAAUUAUAUCUAUUUCGUUAUGGAAAGCAUGAAGAAAACUUUGCACUCACUCGGUAUAAGAGUCAUGUUAUACGAAAUGAACAGUUGUAGUGCUUGUAUUUCCAACAGAGCAGCUGUUUAUCCUCUAAGAUGUUGAUGCUAAAAUUAACAGUAUACCUACUAGACCUGUGCUUACAUCACUUUUUCAGCUAGCUGAAAGUCAAAUACAGUUUAUUUGCUUGGCCUAACCCUGGUCUUUUAAUGUUUUUCCCCCUCUGAAGAGUUUUAACACUCAAGGUAUGACAUGAAUCUACCACAGGCGUUAUAUAAUGAAAUACCCUCAACAAUUUUUGGCUGAUAAUUUUACAGUGUGAUAAUUGAGAAGGGGUCAAAGAACACCUUUGUUCUCAACUCAAGGUUAUGCCUGUAUGUAGUGCGGCGAGUAUGAGUUCUGCACAGUCCUGAAGGAGCACGGAGAACACAUGCAGGCUGCAGACAAGCUUCCUUAUACCGGUCUUCCUUUCCCAGUUGCUUUAAACAAAGUCAAUUGCCCAUAGUUUUACCCCUCAAAAAAGCCAGAAAGGCUGACAGUUGCAUGUUGGCUGUUUCUACUUUGCAUUAGGAAAUGAGACCGUAAUAGCUAAAAAUCAGACAAUAAAACACGGCACAAAACAGAUCAUUCUCUGCAAUUUCAAAUCGAAAUGGCAGCGCUCCUCCUAAAAUGGCGGGGAAAAUGCUUGCAGUGCUUUACAUACCGUGCUAACAAACAGUUUGGGGGGAGGGAGAGGAAUCAGUCACAACCACAACCACAGCCAUCCCCUCCUAUUUAUUUUUUCUUCAUAUUCCAAAGAAAUAGGAAAACACUGAAGUUUCAACUACUUCUUUUGUGUUGUUACUUUUUCUCUUUUAAAUACCAGAAUUUUCCUCAGCCUACACAGGUAGAAUUCUUGCCAAAAUAGUGGUAUACUUUGUAUGUCUGGCUGUAACUUCAAAAUAAAAGUUCUGAAACUAUAA